AUGGUUGUCGUGUACGGCGAGAAUGAGGAAGGAGAGAAUAAAGGUGGAGGAAAGAACACCAUGGGCAGCAGCUGCGAGCCAGAACAGCCACGACCCUCGGGCACGGCGUCUGGGAGUGCCUGGCCCGCUGGCUCGUUCGCGCGGUGCAGACCAGACAGUCUUGGACAGGACAUGGCUGGAGAGGGCACCCGCCGGGAGCGCGAUCGAGAUGGACGUCGCGGAUCGUGUUGUCGCCAUGCGGGCGGCAGGUGGGCGGACCGCACCGACGUGGAGCAGUGGGAAGGCCUAGGCUUUGGACAAACGAUACUGUUGGAAGCUAGUCUCUCUGUUGACACGACGCCGCCGGCCUUCUUCGACUUCUCUCCCUUCGACAUCACAGCCGCCCUCAAUCUAGCCCGAUGGACACUCCAACUAGUGGCACCGGCACUCGAGCCGUCAGCCGCUUUCGUCGCCGCCGAUGCGAACCAGCCCGAUCUGCCUGUCGUAUUCGCCUCUGACGCCUUCGAAGAUAUGACUGGCUACCGCCGUCACGAGAUUAUUGGCAGGAACUGUCGCUUCCUACAGUCACCGCCCGGCUCUUCCACGAGGGAUCAUAUCAACAGGGCUUCCAUCCAGGAACUCAAGGCCAAGAUUGAAUCUGCCAGCGUAUGCCAGCACGUCGUAUCGAACUUCAGAAAGAACGGGGAAUUCUUCAUCAACUCCAUCACGAUUGUGCCCGUCUUGGCCGGAUUGUCUGGCACCAGGCUCAUUUUCGGGUUCUCGGUCGACAUUACCAACGCCGAAUUUGAAAAUUUCGAGAUCAGCUCGGGUGCGGCAAGUUCCCUUCUUCAGCACAGGGUCAGCACUGGGCUGAGCGAUACAAGCACGAAACAAAUAGGCUCACCACCCGGUCAGCCUCGCCCGCAGCCACGAGCGAACCAGUAUUCACAACACUCGCCUUGGACUGGCUAUGGCACACCGACCAUUGGCAGUGAAGUCAGCAGUCCCCAGGCAUCGCAAGCGAGGCCAUGGCUCGAGAACCCUCCAUGGGCCAUGGAACCACAAUCUGCGAUACCGGACGAGCCGAGCCCGAACAGUCACGAUUGGGCGGUUCCAGCGGAUCUACACAGAAUACUUCUCAACGAGGUUGAUGGGCUGGUGUUCGUGCUCUCCUUGCGCGGUUUCAUCCACUUUGCCACGCUGUCAUCUUGCAAGACCCUUGGGCGCAGGCACGCCGAGCUUGUCGGAAGUUACAUUGAGGACUUCUGCCACGCCACAGACGGGCGGCUGGUGAUGCGCAAAAUAUCAGCGAUGUCGUCCGUGGAUUACGAGAAGCUGCUGUUCCGGCUAAGGAGGGCAGACAGCAGUCACGCCUGGUUCGCCUGCUCUGGCAAGAUUUGGCAUCAUGGCUCGCGACGUUUGGUCGUACUCGGUGGCUGUAUUGAAGAGUCAACAAGCCUGUCUAGAGAACUAGUAACCUGUAAUGGCGGGUUUGGCGACCGGGACCUUUGGCUGCGGAUCUCGACCUCUGGACUCGUCCUGUCUGUGCUCUCUGCCGUGCCUGCAGUUCUCGUUUUUUCUGGGGCUAGGUUUGACGCAUCGUGUUUCCAGGAUAGGAUGGACCAGUCCGAGAGUGACUUGUUCCUGCGCAUGCUCGCAGGAGCGACACAGGGCAUCGUGAUGUCUGCCACUUGCAGACUCACAACAGCCGACGACUACGACGUGUGCGCCGACAUUACCCUAUAUCCCGACCGGUCGACACCGGCUGGCAAAUUCUAUACCGUCCUCCUGCAGUGUAGAGUCACCAGGAUACUUCCUGAUAAGAGUGAGUGUUGUUCACACCUGUUUGCUCAUUCACUGAGUAUGGUGACGAAAUGGCACCAGCUUUCGCGGCGAGGUCUUGGACUGACAUCCUCGGCAGGGGACAUGUUUGUGUCUCCGCCUCCACAGGGCUCAUCCGCGGGCCCGAAGACCAUCGCGGCAGUCCCUGACAGCGAAAGUGACCAUGACGACAUAAUGGCCGCCUUGUCGAUCGAGUCGUGUGGCACCGUGCCGCUCGAGCUCCACCGCCUACAGGCAGAGAACACGGCGCUCCAGGCGGAGUUGCAGACGCUCGAGGACCUGGCGACACAUCGCAAGCGCCUCAGGACAGCAAGGCACACGUUCCGUGGCUGCGCCAACUGCCACGCCAAGUCUAGCCCGGAAUGGAGAGAAGGACCCAGCGGGAAACGCGACUUGUGCAACCGCUGUGGUCUCCGCUGGGCCAAGAUGAAGCGUGACAGAGAUAGGGCCAAGCCGCCAUAG